AUGGCUGACAAGGAUAUCGCCACACGUGCGCCAGAGAGCGAUGCGCAAGAAAAAGCCCAGGACUCAGGGAGCGUCUUUCCUGGCGACACGCCGGCACAAGCAGGACCAAGCAUGGGUGAACACUGCACCACUGACCGUCCCAUAGCCUCUGGCGAGAAGCCAUCCGGUGACCUUACAAAACUUGGCGGCGUGGAAUGCUAUAUCGCGAAACCCGCCGACUACCCUCACUCGCCCUCGAAACUUCUUCUCAUGCUCACGGGCGGCACAGGCGUCAAGUCGACCAACAACCAGCUACAGGCUGACAAGUAUGCGGCCGAGGGCUAUCUCCGUCGUUAUGCCGACCAGAAGCUUCCUGGCUCGAGUCGGUCAAGCUUAGGACGGGCAGAGGGCAUCAAGUCAUUCAUGAUCGACAUGUGGCUCGCUCGUCAUACCCCAGAGAAGGUGCUUCCGCUGCUGAAUAAGGUGGUUGAAAGUGCAAAGGAAGAGUACGCAGACGCUGUCGCAAAUGGUGGGGGCAUCUAUGGCGUUGGCUACUGCUUUGGUGCCAAAUAUAUCCUCAUGCUUGCUUCCAACCUUCCCGACACGGUCGCAUGGGGAGAAGAAGCACCCAAAGAUGUAGAGCAAGGAACCGCCAACAAGGAGCCUGUCCUAAGGGCUGGAGCUAUUGCACAUCCGACCAUGACAACCAAGGAGGAUCUCGAGGCUGUCAAGUCGCCCGUCUACAUUGCCGCCGUCAAGGAUGACCCCAUGUUUUCAGAAGACGAGGCACUAACACCUGGUCGAAGAAGCAUGGAGGCGAAUAAAGUUGAGCAUGAGAUUCACGUCUUCUCUGGCGUGCCCCACGGCUUUGCCGUCUAUGGAGACUAUGAGGACGCCAAAAUCAAGCAGUCACAAGCACAAGCUUUCGGCCAGAUGCUGGGCUGGAUACAGUCCCACUAG